UCGAUCAACUUUAACUUCCCACAAUUCCUGCGUGAAGAGGCUUCAUUAACAAACAGCAACACACCGACGGAGCUAACAUGUCAGACAAGAAGCAGACCGUAGAUCUGGGCUUGCUGGAGGAGGAUGAUGAGUUUGAAGAAUUCCCAGCCGAGGACUGGACAGGGCUGGAUGAAGACGAAGACGCUCAUGUUUGGGAAGACAACUGGGACGAUGAUAACGUAGAAGAUGAUUUCUCAAAUCAGCUGAGAGCGGAGCUUGAAAAACAUGGUUACAAGAUGGAGACAUCAUAGUGGCUGACAAGGCCUUUCAGUAUUCGGAGACAUUGGAUAUGGACAUUUAUAAUUGAAAAUUACUGGCUGACCACAUACUGCAAGAAGAAGAUGUUAAUUUGUUGCCCUUUUUUAUAAUUGAAGUUGAUGGAAGUAAAGUGUUUGGAAGAAAGUGUUCCUUUGAGUGUUUUUCCUUUAAUGUUUAUGCUACAAAUGUUUAGGUGACAGUUAAAGAUAAUUUCUGCAUUACAUUUGUGUUAAUUUUAUAUUUGUGUGUAAUGCAAUCUGUAGACUGGUCCUAGCUCCUCAGCCUGAAGAAACCAGUUGGUUUUGAGUAAUCAUUAAAAUAUUGCUGAAAUUCAA